AUGGAGAGCAGAGAUGAUGCUUUAAAGGAAAUUUGUUUGAAUCCAUACAGCAAUCCACUUGGUUUAAAUAAAGGAGUGUCUUUUCUUGUUAAAUGUCACAAUGAUUUUAUAAUUCGCGAAUGGCAUUCAGUUGAUGGUAAAGAAACAAAAAUAUACAAUAGAGGCAUUUGGAAUAGAGAAACGGGAUUUAAUGAAACAUCAGAAGAACAAAUUCUCAAUGAUUAUGAUAUUUUGAGUGGGAAAAUUUUACAAUCCAUUAAGUCUGUGGAUGAUCAUAUUCAAGAAGAAUAUUUUGAUAAUUUAAUUAAAUAUAUAGAGAAUGCUGGGAAUUGUACAAUUAAAAGAUUCAAGUGGAAAAAAUAUUAUGGUGUUUAUAAUCACAAUAUUUCUACUUGGAAUAAUGCGAGAAAAUUAUUUUCAAAUGGAAGCCUUGAUAUUGGAAUGGGAUUUUUCCACUAUUUACCAAAAAAUUUUAAAGAUUUUGAUUUCUGUGAACCACUGGCAAAGCUUGAAUAUGUUUUUUUGAUUAAACAUCCGAAAUUAGAUAUACACGUUCCUUGGUAUGCGUACUUUAAGCCUUUCACAUUUCAAUCGUGGAUUGCAUUUUUAUUUAUAAUCAUAAUUAGUCUAUUGAUUCAAAUUUUCACAAAUACCAAAUUCAAAACAGAUUUUAAUAAUAAGAACAGUAUUGGAGACGAAAUAUUUUCUAUUUGUGGAAUUUUCUUACAUCAAAGUAUACCAUCAGACUAUCCAAAACCCGGAGCUGCAAAAAUUGUACAUUUUUCAAGUUCUAUGUUCAUUUUUAUAAUUAUAUCACUUUACACCGGAAUUUUCGUCAGUAAGCUCACAAAUUUUAAUUUAGAUAUUCCAUUUAAAUCAGUCGAAGAAUAUGCGAAUGUCAAAUCACAUAAGUUAAUUGUUUUUAAACACACUGCCAGUUAUAAUACAGUAAAGAAUUCAAGAACUCACGCUUGGAAAGAAAUAAGUAAAUUAUUAAUGGAUAACAGUCAACAACCAAAAAAUGCAAAAGAAGCUAUGAAUAUGGUAAAAUAUUGUCAUAGAAUUGUUAUAAAUGUAAAAUUAAAAAAUGUCGCACUAAUCGAGCGAAAAAAAACUAUUUUUUUGUAA